UUCUAACCGAAUUGUUUUUAUUUAAAAUUACAAAAUAAAAUGAGUUAGUAAAUUUCAAUUAUUACACAAAUAUAUUUCUCACGGAUGCAUCAAAUGCAUAGGCAUAUCUAUAAAUAAAAUCUAAUAGAUACAUAGAAAGUGUGGCUUGUGAAAGACAUUUCAUUGUGUUCUAUGAUGAAAUACGUGAAACGGUGUGUAUGUUUUACAUGCAAUACAAUUGUUAAUAUAUCGAACGAUGCAAAAAAUAUUUUAUAUUAUUUGUGAUUGCAGUGAAAUAAAUUUACUUGAAGAUGUAGAAAGUUAGUUAAUUUUUAUCGAAAUUAAAAAAUUCCAGAAGAUUCGAAUUGAUACUGAUUAAAUAGAGCGAACCAAAGUCAUCUCCCUUUUUUCAUCCCCACCAUUUGGGCGGUGCUAUGGGGGAAAUCUUUGUAUGCACAAUUUGUGUUAAAGUAUCUCAAGUUUUUUAAACUAUUUAAACGAGGUUUCCUUACGAGUUUCGUUAUUUUGUGGUGAUAUUUUUAUAUAGUGUGUGUGUGUGCGUGCGUGCGUGCGUGCGUGCGCCCGCGUGUGUAUAAAUAAAAAAUUUAAAAGCUAUGCUUUGAUAUAAAUGUGUUGUUUACAGCAUAAAAUAAUCCAAAAAUAAUGAAUAAAUUUAUUUUAUUUCAUACUUAUAAUAUCAUUGUUUGAUUAAACAUUUUACUUUGCGAAGACUAUGAGGAUUUAAUUAUUGUUAAUAAUAAGAGAGAAAUCAUGGCUACCGAUAAAGUAACUUUGGGUGAUGCUCUUUCUAAUGUCGACGUACUCGACGAGUUUACUUUGCCAGAUGAACAACCUUGCAUCGAAGCUCAACCAUGCUCUGUUGUUUACCAAGCAAAUUUUGAUACCAAUUUUGAAGAUAGAAAUGGUUUUGUUACCGGUAUUGCCAAAUAUAUUGAAGAGGCUACUGUUCAUGCUAGUUUGAAUGAACUGUUAGAAGAAGGAUUAGAACAUGCCGUUAUGUUAUACACAUGGAGAUGUUGUUCACGUGCUAUUCCACAACCAAAAUCAAACGAACAACCAAAUAGAGUUGAAAUUUAUGAAAAAACAGUAGAAGUGCUUGCACCUGAAGUUAAUAAAUUGUUAAAUUUUAUGUAUUUCCAACGGAAAGCUAUAGAAAGAUUUUCAGGAGAGGUGAAGCGUUUAUGUCAUCAUGAGAAAAGAAAAGAUUUCGUAUCUGAAGCAUAUUUGCUGACUUUGGGAAAGUUCAUAAAUAUGUUUGCUGUCUUGGAUGAAUUGAAAAAUAUGAAGUCUAGCGUCAAAAAUGAUUACUCUACGUAUAGGAGAGCUGCGCAAUUUCUAAAAGUCAUGUCUGAUUCUCAAACGCUUCAAGAAUCUCAAAAUUUGUCAAUGUUCUUGGCAACACAAAACAAGAUACGUGAUACUGUGAAAGAAAAUUUAGAAAAAAUCCCAGGUUAUGAAGAGCUACUAGCUGACGUUGUAAAUAUAUGUGUUUAUAUGUUUGAAACUAAAAUGUAUCUUACUCCAAACGAGAAACAUAUGCUAGUCAAAGUUAUGGGAUUUGGUUUAUUCCUGAUGGAUAGUGAAUUGUGCAACAUAAACAAAUUAGAUCAAAAGAAAAAAUUAAAGUUAGAUAGAAUUGAUAGAAUAUUUAAAAAUUUGGAAGUAGUACCAUUAUUCGGUGAUAUGCAGAUUGCGCCGUUUAAUUAUAUUAAACGUUCAAAACAUUUUGAUGCUUCUAAGUGGCCACUUUCUUCUUCUUCAAAUAAUAUAAGUCCACAAGCUGACCUUAUGGUUCAUCUGCCUCAAAUUAGAGACGAUCAUGUAAAAUAUAUAAGCGAAUUAGCAAGAUAUAGUAACGAAGUAACUACGACCUACAAAGAAUGUGGUAGUGACGUGGAAAAUCGUGACACUGCAGAAUUAGCUUUACGUGGAUUACAAUUACUUUCUCAAUGGACAAGUGUUGUAACAGAACUUUAUAGUUGGAAACUGCUUCAUCCGACGGAUCAUCAUAUGAAUAAAGAGUGUCCUCAAGAAGCAGAAGAAUAUGAAAGAGCCACACGCUAUAAUUAUACCGAUGAAGAAAAAUUUGCUCUUAUUGAAGUCAUUGCAAUGAUUAAAGGAUUACAAGUAUUAAUGGCACGCAUGGAGACAGUAUUUAUUGAUGCAAUACGUCGGAAUAUUUAUGCAGAGUUACAAGAUUUUGUACAACUUGCUUUACGUGAGCCCCUAAGGAAGGCUAUAAAAAAUAAAAAGGAUCUUAUUCGAAGCAUAAUUGUUUCUGUGAGAGAAACUUGCGCUGAUUGGCAUUUUGGAGUUGAACCAUUAGGAGAUCCUGCUUUAAAGGGGAAAAAAGAUCCAGAUAAUGGAUUUGGUAUUAAAGUCCCACGAAGGAAUGUUGGCCCUUCCUCGACGCAACUCUAUAUGGUUCGUACUAUGUUGGAAUCAUUAAUUGCUGAUAAGAGUGGUGGAAAACGUACAUUGAGAAAGGAUAUUGAUGGACAAUAUCUUGUACAAAUUGAUCAGUUUCAUAAAACCAGUUUUUAUUGGAGUUAUCUUUUGAAUUUUAGCGAAUCGUUACAAAAUUGUUGCGACUUGUCACAAUUAUGGUAUAGAGAAUUUUAUUUAGAAAUGACUAUGGGCCGAAAAAUACAGAAAUGUCAAGUACGUCAUCAGCAUAAUGAGGAAUGCAGCGAUUUAAUUACAAUGGAGAAACGAAUUCAAUUUCCAAUUGAAAUGUCCAUGCCUUGGAUAUUGACUGAUCAUAUAUUAAGAAGCAAGGAGCCAUCAAUGAUGGAGUAUGUUCUAUAUCCCUUGGAUCUCUACAAUGAUAGUGCAUUGUAUGCAUUAACUAUAUUUCGAAAACAAUUUCUUUACGAUGAAGUCGAGGCUGAAGUUAAUUUAUGUUUCGAUCAGUUUGUUUAUAAAUUAAGCGAACAAAUUUUCGCUCAUUAUAAACAGUUAGCUGCUAGUAUUUUAUUAGAUAAACGAUUUAGAGUAGAAUGCGUAGCUUUAGGAGCAUAUUUACUUUCUUAUCCUCGUGCUAAUAGAUAUGAAACUUUAUUAAAACAACGACACGUUCAAUUAUUGGGAAGAAGCAUUGAUUUAAAUAAACUAAUCACCCAACGUAUCAAUGCUGACAUGCAAAAAUCCUUAGAUUUAGCGAUUAGUAAAUUUGAAUCUGGAGAUAUUACAGGAGUAGUGGAACUAGAAGGAUUACUACAAGUCAAUCGGCUUACUCAUAAACUACUAAGCAAAUGGCUUGCACUUGAUGAAUACGAUGCUAUGUUCAGAGAAGCAAAUCAUAAUGUUCUUGCUCCGUAUGGAAGAAUAACACUCCAUGUAUUUUGGGAAUUGAAUUAUGACUUUUUACCAAAUUAUUGUUACAAUGCUGCAACGAAUAGGUUCGUCAAGUGCCGUGGUCUUCAAUUUGUACAACCAGUACAUAGAGAUAAACCGCCACAAAUGUCUCAUCAUUAUCUCUGGGGUAGCAAGCAAUUAAAUUUAGCAUAUAGUACCCAAUAUGGGCAGUAUUCUGGAUUCGUUGGGCCAUAUCAUUUCCGUACUAUGUGUAAAUUAUUAGGGUAUCAAGGUAUAGCAGUAGUUAUGGAGGAACUUUUAAAAAUAGUUAAGUCGUUAAUUCAAGGAAGCUUGCAUCAGUUCACUAAAACUUUAAUGGAAGCUAUGCCAAAAGUUUGUAAGCUUCCUCGUUACGAUUAUGGAUCUCCUGGGGUAUUGGGAUAUUAUCAUGCUCAGUUAAACGACAUCGUACAAUAUCCUGAUGCGAAAACAGAAUUAUUUCAUAAUUUUCGAGAAUUCGGUAAUACCAUUUUAUUUUGUCUUCUAAUGGAGCAAGCACUUUCGCAAGAAGAAGUUUGCGAUUUAUUACAUGCAGCACCAUUCCAAAAUAUAUUACCUAGACCUUAUUGUAAAGAGGGUGAGAAACCUGAAACCAAACAAAAGCGACUUGAAGCCAAAUAUGCAGCGUUACAGAUUGUACCUAAUGUAGAUAAAUUGGGUACUGCUAAGCAAGCGAUGAUUGCUAGAGAAGGAGACCUGUUAACGAGAGAACGGCUUUGUUGUGGCUUAUCAAUAUUUGAAAUCGUACUUAGCAGAUUGCGCAGUUUCUUAGAUGAUCCUAUUUGGGUUGGGCCACCACCUGCGAAUGGAGUAAUGAAUGUGGACGAAUGUACAGAAUUCCAUAGACUUUGGAGUGCUCUACAAUUUGUAUAUUGCAUUCCUGUUGGAGAUACAGAAUUUACCGUUGAGGAAUUAUUUGGCGAAGGCUUACAUUGGGCUGGAUGCGCUAUGAUAGUACUUCUUGGCCAACAAAGAAGGUUCGAAGCUCUUGACUUUUGCUAUCACAUUCUCAGAGUGCAGCGUGUAGAUGGCAAGGAUGAAAAUGUCAAAGGAAUCCGUUUAAAAAGAAUGGUUGAUCGUAUAAGGAGAUUCCAAGUAUUAAAUUCUCAAAUUUUUGCUGUAUUAAAUAAGUAUUUAAAAAGUGGAGAUAGCGAUGCGACCAGUGUGGAACACGUCCGUUGUUUUCCUCCGCCAAUACAUCCUUCGCUUGCACAUGCUCAACAACAUUAUCAUGCUCCUGAGUACUUACGCCAAAUGAAUCAUCAAUAAAGGUAAAUCUGUGAAGAGAGUCAUCUGCAAGAAUAAAUAGUAAAUUUUUUUUUCAAGACUGACAGAUUUAUUUCCAAAAGAUCAUAACGUUAAGUUUUUAAAUUCAGGAUUUUUAGAUCAUUGCAAAGCUACUUCUAAUAUAAUAAAUAAUUUCAAAAUAUAUCCAAUUGAUUAAUAAACAUUAAAGCUUUUGGAUACUUUUCUGAAAUUUAUUGUUUCCAUGAAUGAAUCAUUUAAUGCUUCCAAUGAAAUAAAUAAAACCGUAUUGGAUCUAUAAUAUUAUCUAAAAAAGAUAGUGAUUAAUAUAUUGUGCUUAAGUACAAAAAGGAUAAUUUUCUUUCUUUUCCAUGCCUUUAGAACAAGCAUCGUCUUGCAGUUAUAAAAUACUAUACGGUAUUUAGGAUAAAGAACACUUAAUAAAAGUGAUGUUUAGGUCAAAUCAUUUAAAAGCGAUCCAAUGAUUCGUUGGAUUGUGGGAUUAUGAUAACAUUUGUAAAUUAUGCCAGUAAUGUAUGUUGUGCGCAUAUUGUGCAUUUAUGUAAACAGAGUAAGACCUGUUAUUUCUUAAAUAUAAAUUCCGUAUAUUAUAAA